UUUUGUCAAAACAAGACAUUUGUCAUCUCAGACUUUUAUCAGUUUUGGCGUGUCACGGUCCAAACAGCUCAUCGAUUAACCGGGCAAAUUUCCAACUGUGGAAACAGUGGUGUGAAGAAGCUUUUAUUCCCUCGCAGGUCUGGUUAUCUGCAGCAGUAAACCAUGAGACGGUACAGUCAUGAACCUCGAUGCCAACCAGACUAAACACAUGGCGAGUGUCAGACGGACAGACUGACUGAUGGGCGGCCAGACAGAUGGACAGGAGAGUCACCGGCGAGAUCCAGUUCAUCCAAGAAUUUUUCCCCUCAGCACUCAUUGAGAGCCGGCCGUGGGAGGAGGGAGGAUAAAGGAAUCCCAGCUUUGCUCCAUUAGCAGCCGAACGGAGGGAGGAGGGAGAAGGUAAAAGUUGCUAUGAGUCACGGAGCAUGAUGGGAGGAGACUGGAGGAGAGAGAGGGAUGGAGGAGGAGGGAGGAGAGGUAUAAUUAUGGUGGGAGGCUGCCAGAGUGAGAGAGAGGGAAGAAAGCCGAGGAGAGCGAGUCCAGCCCACUCCGCUGAAACCAUUCAACUGGUGCGAGUCCACACAGAAGCAGCAGCAGCAGCAGCGAGGAACUCCCUCCGUCGGAGAACUUCACCCCAGGAACAAGGAUCCUCAGCAGCUUCUCCUUCGCUGCUUUCUUUCCCUCCGUCCAUUCAUCACCUCGCACACUUCUUUCCCUUUUUCUUCUCCUUGUUUUCUUUCUUCUUUCUUUCUUUCUUUCUUUCUUGUGACGCCUCCACAUUUUCCAGCCAUCUGUCCCUGACAAAAAAGAUAAGGAUUACUCAUUUUCUCUCUCUGCGUUUCUUUUUUUUCCCUUCUUUCUUGUGUCCUCCUCUCUGUCGUUUCUUUGCAGCUUUUUUUCCCUCCGUUUCGCAGGUGGACUGUGAGCUGAGCUGAACUUUGCAGCUUCCAAACUUCUGAGACAAAGACAGUGAGGAGGAGGAAGCUCACUUUGGUCUCCUCCGUCUCCACCCGGGACUCCAUUUUUUGCCCACUUUUGUCCAGAAACUCGACUUUGCUUCUCCUUUUUUUUUUCCCGGCUGCGCAUCUGCAUCCGCCAGCAUCACCGACCGCAGCCAAUCAGGAGGCGUCAUGUCGGCGCUGCCUCUGCUCAGCUGGAGCCUCCUGCUGCUGGUGCAGCUCGGCACCGCCUCCGACCUGCAGCCGCUCAGCCUCCAUCCCCACCGCCAGCCCGACGCCGCCACACACUGCCCUUCCUGCGCCCUGGCCAGGAUGCGGCGGAACGAAGGGGUCGUGGCGGCGGACGCCCCGGCGGGACCCGAGGAGGAGGAGGAGGAGGCUGCUCAGCAGGACGUGGUGGAGGCGGUGAAGAGGCACAUCCUCAACAUGCUGCAUCUUCAGGCCCGGCCCAACAUCACCCGGCCGGUGCCGCGCGCCGCGCUGCUCAACGCCCUGCGGAAGCUGCAUGUGGGACGAGUGGCCGAGGACGGCAGCGUCCAGAUCGAGGAGGAGGACGCUCGGGGGAGGGGAGGACGGGGAGGAGCGGCCGGACCGGGGGGAGGAGCGGCGGCGACGUCACGGGCCGACGGUGGCGACGCUCAGGAGACCACCGAGAUCAUCACCUUCGCCGAGGCCGGUGAGGUUCCAGGUGUGGUGAACUUCGUCUUGUCUAAAGAUGGUGGUGAUCUUUCUCUGGUGGAGCAGGCCAACGUCUGGCUCUUCCUCCGUCUGUCCAAGUCCAACCGGAGCCGAGCCAAAGUCACCAUCCGUCUGUUCCACCAGCACCGUCCGACCGCUGGCCGGCCGCCGCAGGACGAGGCCCCGCUGGCGGAGAAGACGGUGGACACCCGGCGCAGCGGCUGGCAUUCCUUCCCGGUGUCGGCGUCAGUCCAGACGCUGCUGGAGGCCGGCGGCUCCACGCUGGGCCUCAGGGUGACCUGCGACCUCUGCGCCGACACCGGCGCCACGCUGGUCCUGGUGUCGGAGGCGUCGCAGCGCGGCGGCCAGCGGGAGCAGUCCCACCGGCCCUUCCUCAUGGCCGUGGUGCGGCAGGGCGACGGAGACUCGCGGCGGCGCCAGAAGCGAGGCCUGGAGUGCGACGGGAAGGUCCGGGUCUGCUGCAAGCGGCAGUUCUACGUCAACUUCAAGGACAUCGGCUGGAACGACUGGAUCAUCGCGCCGCCCGGUUACCACGCCAACUACUGCGAGGGUGAGUGCCCCUCCCACGUGGCGAGCAUCACCGGCUCCACGCUGUCCUUCCACUCCACCGUCAUCAGCCACUACCGCAUGAGGGGCUACAGCCCCUUCCAGAACCUGCGGUCCUGCUGCGUUCCCACCCGGCUACGGGCCAUGUCCAUGCUGUACUACAACGAGGAGCAGAAGAUCAUCAAGAAGGACAUCCAGAACAUGAUCGUGGAGGAGUGCGGCUGCUCGUAAAGCGGCCCGGGACUCGGCGGCCGAGGGGAACCGGAGUUGGUCCAACUGUCCGCCAAGCCUCCGGUCCGAGUCGCUGUCUGGGACUAAAAGUCGACUCCGGCGGAACUCAGUCUCCACUGCGAUAAGAAAAAAGAGAGAAAAAAAGAAUAUCUAAUAUAUUUUUGUUACAAACGGAGGGAGCGAGUCAUAUUUAUGAGGCUGAGACGUUCAUGCACCGCCGAGCAUCAACGAGGUGCCUGAAAAAAACUAAAAAAAACUACGAACACGAAACUCUAAAACUAUGCAACUUGUUUCACAUAUUACAACCUUUACCCACUUUACUCUGUUCGUUCCAACUGUUUACUUUAAAAUGUCCGACGAAGAAAGACUGUGUGUGUGUGUGUGUGUGUGUGUGUGUGUGUGUGUGUUAUAGAGAGAGAGUGUGUGUGUGUGUGUGUGUGUGUGUGUGUGUGUGUGUGUGUGUGUGUGUGUGUGUGUGUGUGUGUGUGUGUGUGUGUGUGUGUGUGUGUGUGGAGAGAUACUUGAAAGAAACAAGUUGGCGGCUGCUGGAACCAAACACUUCUUUUCGUUGCCAUGGUUACCAUGUUGAUGUUCUAAUUAUUAUUGUCAGUAUAUUAAUAUUAUUGUUGUUUUUUUAACGUUACAAAUGUUGUUUUGCACUAAUAGUGAGAAAACACCUGGAUGAGCUCACGCCCACUAAAACACCUUCUGAUUGGCCGAGCCGGCUGUCCGUCAGGCAGCAGGUUCUACAGAGACUGAAGAGAAGAAAAACAAGAUUCAAGCGUAAAAAAAACCCCACAUUUUUCUGUGUUGGUUUCAAGAAAUCCAACAGAUAAAGUGUGUCUCAAACUGAGGCCUAGAAAAACACAAAUAUAACUGAAAACCUGCGCUAAGAGUCAAACAUCAGGAUUCUGUCCACAUCUGUAGGGACGCUAACAGUUAGCUCGGAUACAAACGGCACGUUGUUCUAAAGCUGCAUCUGAACAAAAAGCACUUAGAGGAAGGACAAGGUCCUCGUUAAUCAGCCUAAAUAAUGAAAUCUGAGCCGCCUCACUUUAAUUCUUCAAUAAAUCGAGAUUAAAAGUAUUUUAGGUGACGUUUCUCGCUUAAAAAUGUAAUUAAAAUACCCUUAAACUAACUUUACGUUGACAUUAAAACGACCUUUAACUAAAUCAGCGGGUUUAAAAAACAUCAUCAGCCACAAAUCUGAACUUCAAAUGAUCUCGUUUGAAUGUUUUCUAAAAAUAAGCAUUUAGCUGGAAUCGGAACCAAAAAAAUGUUUUUCACAAAAUUUUUUGUUUUCCAGAGUCUGGUUCGAGCAAACAGUUUAUAUUUUUUUUUUUUUUUUUUUUAUUUUAAUUUUGCUGAAUUUUUGUUUUUACAUAGAAUCUAUUUUCAGCAGAUGGUUUAUUUUUGGUGAAUUUUAAGAUGUAGAUUUUUGUUUUGCAAGAAAUCUGAAAAUCUUUAGCAAAAGGUUCAUUUUUGGUUAAUUUUUUUCAAUUUUUCAAUUUUUAUAUUUUUUUUUACAGAAUCUGAUUCUAGCAAACGAUUUAUUUCUAGUUAAUUUUGAAAUUUUCGCUUUUUUUCUUCACAGAAGCUGAUUUUAGCAAAAGGUUUAUUUCUGGUUAUUUUAUAAAGAUUUCACAAUUUUUUUGUUUUUCCUCAAUCUGAUUCUAGCAAAAGGUUUAUUCUUGGUUAAUUGUUUAAAAUUUUGCAGAAUUUUUGGUUUUUUUGCAGAAUCAGAUUCCAGCAGAUGGUUUAUUUUUGGUGAUUUUUUUUAAGAUUUAGUAGAUUUUUUUUAGUUUUGCAAAAAGUCUGAUUCUAGCAAAAGGUUUAUUUUUGGUUAAUUUAUAAAGAUUUUGCAAUUUUUUUGUUUUUCGCAGAAUGUGGUUCCAGGAAAACGUUUAUUUUUGGUGAAUUUUAAAAUAUUUCGGAUGAAGAGACGAGAUGAGCAGCAGGAAAGCCACCAAUUCUUUGUGUUUCUGGCUGAUUAACGAGUUGCUUGGAGAUUUUUCUAAAAGAUAAAGUGACUUUUAAACCUGCCGGCUGGUUUCUGGAUGGUUUUUCCGUCCAUUUGAGGCCGUUUUUGACUCUUUCUGAAACUUGUUUUAAAAUGUCGACGUCGCUGCAGUAAAUUCUCUCGGUCUUUUGGUAAAACGGAAACAAACCUUUAGUUCGCUUUAGGACUAAGAGUCGACCGGAUUCGCUUCCUCCAGCCUGAUUGGUGUAAAAACUGCAGCAGAUUCAGAACAAAGUCUGUAAAAUGUGGACGUUUCACUUCGUAGCUUUGUUUAGUUUCUCCUUCACUUGUGGUGUUUUUUUCUCUCAUCCAUGACUCCAUUUCCCACAAUGCUUUACUGCUCAGCGCCGUGUUUCUGGGAGGAAACGGACGUUGGGUUCUGCUUGUUUUCCGUCGGUUUUUUCGCCCAAAGUCUGGACGGUCGGCCGCCGCCACAUGGUUCAUUUGUGCUUUUCUUUCUUUGGGUCGUCGGGGUUCUUCUGGACCGUGUACAAACAAAACGUCAGUGCAGAAAAAAAAGCCUAAAAAAAAUGACUAAAAGAAGUGGUUGUGUUUGUUCCGAUUCUGUUCUUUUUGUCAAGACGAAAAAAAAACGAGACUGAACGAAGUGGACAAAGAAUAAAAAGUCUAUUUUUUAUUCUGUAUAUAUGGAACCAAGACUCCAGUCUGUUGCAUUGCUUUGUUGUACAAAUCCAAUGUGCUUGUGGCAUUUUUCUAAUCUAAUUUAUUUUACUGUAUUUUUUGUUUUCUGCUUCACCAUUAAAGUUUAAAGGAUGUACACAAAGAAA